AUGCAGAAAUUUGCCGAGACUAAGAAACCGAAAGCCGACUCGAAUCGGACGAAAUCCUCGAAAAGUAUCGGAUUAAAUCGCAGCCAAUCACAAGCCAGUACGAGUGUGUUGUCGGCUCUGUCUCAAGUAGCAUCGGGUGGCAAUGUUGGCGCUUCGGAACUGGCAGGCGGUGGAGUUAAUGAAAUACCGAAAGACUGUUCUAACUUGGCGACUAUUAGUCUGACUAUUGCUACGGAUUUGAAUGGGAACCCAAAUGGAACGGACGCAGACGGCAACCAGAUCCAGUCCUACAAGAGAUCUGUCACUCUCAACCUCGCUUCUCAGCCCAAUAUUAGUCUUCACUCUGUCGACAACGACUCCCCCCUCGACUCCAAAGGGGGAGGGGGAGGGGCCAUGAUGACAGUUGUACCCCCUGAUGUGUUGAAUAGACUGAUGGAUAUUUGUGCGGCUGAUAUUUCUGCUAGCGACCAGAAAAUGCAAAUGCAAUUAAUCGCGAGCCUACGGAACAGCAAAGUUGACCAAACUACUGUCGUCAAAAACCCAGAUGGGACCGUUACUUAUAUGCAAACCCGCAGAGUAAAAUCAGGCAAAAACGUCUAUGUGGUUGAACAAAAUAUCACAGUAUCACGUGAUCAAAAGAUCACAGACAAACCCGAGAAAGCCAGUGACGCUUUAUCGGUCGCUCCGACAAUCAGCUUGUCCGAAAUUGACUCGCAAAGUAUCGUCGAGACAAAAUUGACUCGCAAAAAUUCGAACAAUUCAAGUCAGUUGAAGCGUGUUCAGAAAUCGGAAGUUUCUGGAAAUGAUUUGAAAAACUCAAACCACUCAAAAAGUUUUACUGACUCCAAAAAUCUAACCGAAAAUUCGAAAUCUGGGACAAAUUUUUCCGAGUCAAAGUCGCUUCACAAUUUAAAACCGGGUUACGAUUCGCAAGCUGAAACUGAAACGCCUGGAAUAAUUCAGAACAUUCUAGAAGCUUUACCCGAGAGCAUUCGUUCUUCGCAAGUCGCUCCAGCUGACACUAAGUCGGAACUUUCGACUCACAGUAAAGUUGAAAGUUCGGUGAAAGGUAUAAUGAAAAAACCGAGUAAUAACUCGUUAGCUAGUAGUGCAAAGCCGAGUCAAGUCGGGUCGAAUCGGGUUUUUACUUCGAGUCAAUUAUCGCAUACGCAUAAAACACAGGAAGAAUCCGAGAAGGAUUUGCGUUCGGCAACCAAUAAGAGUUCAGCAACGGGUGGCACGAACUCAAGUCGUAGAAUUUCGUUUGACAAGGAUAGUUUAAACAUCGCAAAAACUCCGGGUAAAUCAGAUUUGGACACUCUGGAUGUUAGAAGCGCCAGGAGUUUGCAUUCCGCCGCUAGGCAUCAUGGAAAUUAUGGCGAGGAUAUUCAACUGAUGAGGGUAAGGAAACCAAAAAUCCAUCAACCGCCGCCGACGCAGAGCGAAAAAGCUACUGCUGAUGUUAUGCCGCCGGCUAGUUCUACCGGAACUGCAAAACCUUUUGGGUCGACUCCUAUGAACAAAUCCGGUAGUCAGAAGUCUUCAAAGGAAAAUGAUUCCUCAAAGGUUUCCGGGGAUCUUUUGGACGAGCCGAUUAUUCGAAUUAGCAACGCGGAUACCUCGUUGCUAGCUUCGUCGAAUUCUCGACGCUCGUCUAAAAGCCGAAGUUCACAUUCGUCGACUAAAAAGUCAGGUUCGACUAAGACUUUUUCCGAAACACAAUCAUCGUCAGGGUUGAUUGAACCAAAACCCGAGAUAACAAAACCCGAAAGUAAAACUUCAAGUGGCUCGGAAAAAGUUGAAACGAAAGCGACGCGGUCUGAGAAAACCGAGUCUGAUAAAUUCAGUUCGGGAACAGCUGGAAAAAAUUCAGAAACAAAAAGUGAUAAGAAAUUUCAACCCUUUUCAAGUAUGGUUUCAGAAUCAUUGAAUAGUACUGAAAUGAAAUCGCGAAUGGCAAGUCGGAACCGCGAGCUCGGUAAAGAUUCUCGAGUGGAAACGAACGAACUUUCGACGACCGUUGAAAUAACUUCAACAACGAGCAAUCCAGCUAAAAGUCGCUCCAAAACCAAUCAUUAUGAUGAUGUUCUAACCAGCCCACAAGCAAGUCAAGAUCUCAUGAAAACGAACGAUCAGGUAUCCGAAAACAGAAUAAGAAUAACUUCUGAAACUAAUUCUCAAAGUGGUAAAACAAUUGAAGUUUCAACCACGAAUUCGAUGACUCAUAAAAGUAAUAAAGGGUCUGUUAGUGAACGAAGCCAAGUUGAUUCAAGGUCAACAAACGGCCGAAAGUCGGACAAAAGGUCACACCAUUCGGCUAAUCGCCCCAAAACUGAAAGAUCGGCAACUGAUAGUCCAACAUUGACAACACAUACGUCAAUGAUCAGAAAUACGACAAAUCCUUUAGCCGAAACAUCGACAGCGAAAAGUCAAGUUAGUGCCAAAAGCCAUUCGUCUAAGAGUCGGAAAAGUCAUAGUUCGUCUAAGAGCAGUCGGAAAAUACGAAUAAGUUCGGCUAGGGCGGGUUCAAGUGCUACGGGCGACCACACCGUUCGGUCUAGUACUAGGCACGUUGGAUCCGAAAACUCGGCAGCUCUUCGGAGUCCUGUGCCACCCGACGACUUGUCGCACCAGACGUCGCACGAAAGACGACAACAAAAUUCCCGACAACAAGUUUCCCGACAAGGAUCCAAUUUACAAGCAGAGCCUCAGCCUUCAUCUCGUGGUGCGAAUGAUAGCGGUUUUAUGACACGAGAGUCAUUCAGAUCGAGCGGUCCAAGCGAGCCAAGUCAAAACCGAGCUCUAGUCGGCGACGAAAUUGAAACGAAUCGACGAGCUUCUCUCGCUCGCAUAGCGCCAAGAGGACCCGAAGAGACAAAUCAAGUUGUCAGAUCGACGAGUUUCGGCGACCGAACCGACAACACGACUGAAGCACGACAACGUCGUGGUGGACCCGAUGAGUUUUCAAGUCGUGUUGAAAACUCGUUCGUUCAAAGUUUGAAUCCACAGAGCACUGAAUUCGAUGGAUCCUCGAAUCGAAGUUCUCGAAAAAGGUCUCGAUCUAAAAUUGACUCAACUUCUGUCAUACCUGAAAAUGAACCGAGCUCUCAAUCUGCAACUCUCCCUAAAGAGCUGAAAAACACAGAUUUUGAUGAUCACGUGAGUCGAAAAAGCAAAAAGAAAAGUCACAAGUCAGGAUCGAACCUCGGUCUCUCGGCUGACGGGUCCGAAUUGAAAUCAGCUGUUAGAACCUCGGAGAUGGAAAGUUUGGACGAGGAUAAAAGUACUUUAAACCGAUCUCCAAAACCGUUAGAAGGGACUAUUUUGGAAAAUGAUCGAAGAAAGAGCAUAACAACACAGAGUACGGCGGCUCAAACUAUUGAUUUUGAAUCAACAAUAAGACAAGACAAGCCUUUAACAACAGACGUCCAAACUUUUGAUGAAAAUCAAAAACAUGAAGAUGAUGAAAAUAAAAAAUUUUCAGGUUUGUUUGUCGCUGUUUCGACCGCCUCUGAAAAAAUUCCAGUUAAUAACACAAACACCAAAACGGAAAUUUCCACGUACGGAACUAUUUCAGAAGAUACUACAACUACAAGUCACAAACUGAAACCUUCAAACAUUUCGAAGCUUGAAAAAAGUACUGACGUAAGCUCAAAACUGUAUUACAUAACAAAAGAAGAAGAAACUACAGAACCACAUACUUAUGACGUAAUAGACGACGAUCCAACUACUUCAAACCGACAAGCAAGUUUGUCCAAAAUUGAUAAAAAUUCUUUGGCAGAAAUUUCGAAAGAUUCGAGGUCAAAUAUUCAAACGAUGGCCAGUUCCCAAACUAUGGCCGGUUCUCAAACUAUGGCUAGUGCUCAAACUAUGGCCAGUUCAAGAAGUGUAGAGUAUUCUGUGAUUGAAGAUUCGACCGACAAUCCGCCCGCCGUGCCGCCGAGGGUUCCUUUGAAGACUUCUUUUGAUGGAAGCACCAGCGGACGAAAAAGCAGCAGGAAAAGUUCGAGGAAAAAAUCGGCCAAGAAGUUGGAGUUGAGUCAGGAUGGGUCGAGUGAGUUCAUCAGGACAGCCAAUCCUCAGUCCCAGUCAAUGUGCUCACCCGACUGUUCAGCAAACAAUCACUCUCAGUCUUGUAUCCGAACAAUGGUAGAUCGAAAUGGGAAUUCCUCGGCUGCCAGUGGAUCGAACAAAAAAGACAGUCUGAUGAACGACUCUUUGGAACUGUCAGGAGGAGCGAUUAGUCACCGAUAUGAAACAAUAGAUGAGACUACUUCCAAACUAGGUAUCUCUCAAUUGGCAAAAGCUACCCUUGAACAAACCAAUCGAGAACAACUGAGCAAGUCCCACAUUCAGUCUAGAAGCACCCCCUACACUACUCACCACAACCCACAUGAGUCAUACUCGGGGGGACCACACAGACUCGUGAGACGCAACUCAACUCGACAAUCUUCCAGAUCUCGAAUCCACUCGAUGACUCGCGUGGUCUCCGUAUCUCAACCCCCCUCUGUCGUCAAUCUGUCGAACUCGAUGGAGUCUGUCAGGUCAUCAAACUACGUAAGAAGUGGCGAGACAUUUGCAGUCGUGCCAGAACACGACUCGAAACGAAGGUACAAGCAAGAUAGUUGGAACCCUAAAUUACUAUGGAUGGCUUCCCGAAAAUUAGGUCCUUUUAAGUGGAUUGGUGAAAGUCACUGA